UCGAAAAUAAUAAUGAAGAGGUGAACUGACAGCAUCCGACAACGGGAUGAACUUCCUUGUUUUUUUUAAAUACUUUUUAACAUGGUCGGAUAGGAUUUGAUAAAGAUCCUAUAUUAUAAAUAAAAAUAGACAUGUAAUCAACCUCUUUACUGUCGUUCAUACAGCCUUAUGCGUACUUACUUUGCUAACCACGCCCUCUUCUGUUGUGAUCCGUGUUAGGCGAGCGGGCAGGAUCGGGGAAUCAGUCAGGUAGACGGUGUUCGAUCACACAGGGCUUUAUUUGGGGCAAACUGGGAAACACACCCGACAUACGUAAACGGGGGAAACAGAUGCGGACUGAAAUACACUGGACAAGCUGGAAAUAACGCCAAACUGCUGAUCGCAAGGAGAGACGUGAGACUCUUCGUUACACCGGAGGAGUUUCUGGCCGUGUGCUAGCGCUUUUUGCGACCCGUUCUUAUUUUAUUUUAAUUAUUGUGGCUUGUUUUUCAUGAAAAUGAAAUGUGGACUGCUUAUAUUAGCUCUUUUUAUUCAGAUCGCUUUGCAUUCGACUACACCAUUUUCUUUUCAUUCCCUUCGUGAGGGAAGACGUGUGAAAAGGGAGGAAUGCCAGCAUGGUGAUUAUGUAUACAAAGGGGAAAAAUGCUGUAAAUGUCCACCUGGUUAUUAUGUCAAAACUAACUGUGGGAUAAAUGUUCAGACAAAGUGUGAGCCGUGUCAAGAAAACACCUACUAUGAAAAGCCCAAUAGCGGGACGGAAUGUGAGCGAUGUCGGUCCUGCAAUGCAAACGUGCAUCAGGAAACAGAAGAGAAAUGUACAAAACUCCAGAAUACAAAAUGCAGGUGUAUGCAAGGAUAUUGGGGGGUCUGUCAGGAUAACUGUCAGUGCCAUUCUUGUGACAAAUGCGAGGGCCAUGAUAUCCUUGCACCCUGCACAGGCACAAACAACACCGUGUGCGGAGAACCCUUCGGUGACAUCCAUCAUAAAUGGAUUGUUCCAGUCAUAGUGAUACUGCUUUUUCUUGUACUUGUACUUGUACUUGUACUUGUACUUGAAUUUUUCUGGAAGAGAAGCGGAGCUGGCAGGAGUAAUCCAGAGGAAGUCCCCUUAGUGCCAGGUGUCGACCUCUCGAACCACUUGUACGACAUCGUGGAAGAACUAGGACCGCAGCUGGUUAAACAGCUGGCAAUCGGGUCGGGCGUGAGGGAGACCCAGAUAGAGAUGCGCAUCACUGAACACCCACAGAACAUUAAGGAGCAGUGUUACAGCAUACUGAGGGACUGGUACGAAAGAAAAGGGCUGAACCAAGCGUUUCCAGAGCUCAUCAGGUUCCUGCAAAGAAAAGGCAAAAAAGAUAAUGCAGAAAGACUUAAGAAGUUAAUUAACCCGAAUCCCAGAGAAACUGCAUCUGUAAAUAUGGACAAUCCUGAGCACCCUGCCUAGCACUUCCAUACAUUUUUAAACUUCUGUUUAUUAUACAUUUAAUACAUGUUACAAAUGUAACAUUAUUAGAAAACUUUGGGUGACCUUUUGAUAAUUGCAGAUGCCAGUUUUCCUUGCUACAAUCUACUUUUAUGGGGAAAACAGCAUCUUGUGUGGUCAAAAUUGAAAUAAAUGUUUACGGAAAGGUGUACAGUUUGUACCAAUGGGUCUGCCUUUGCUUUUUCGUUUUUCAAAAAUUCCAGUGUCAUUUAAAUUUCCUGAAUUAUUUGAAUGAUAUGUGUCAUAUCAAGUAUAAGGUGUUUUUUUGUGCAAUUGAUGUUAUUUUUAGAUUAGCAGUGACAUGAGAUGUGAUGAAUGAAAUGGUUAUUUUAUUAUCGUGUUACAUAAAGUGUUUGUUUAGGCCUUGAUGUUUACAUUUAGCUGCUUAACUGCAGAUAUUUUUAUUCAAAGCAACUUACAGUGUUACUCAUCUGAAUAUUUUUGUGGAAAAGUUCAAUAAGCACAGAAAGUUUUGUACUUAUAAAAUAAGUCCCAAAACUAAGAAAAUGGUCAAUUUAAACAAAUUAGGCCGCUUUUCCACUGCUCCAGGUACCGUUAUUUUGGUAGUAAAAAUUUGGUACUUACCGGGUUCCAGUCAGGCACCCAAAAGUAGCAGUAGGCAAAGUACCAAACCAGCUGGGGUACUUUUUCGGUACUUUGGGGCGGGACUUUGAAAUGUGUUUAUUGUCAGUUUGGUUGUGCAAAUAACCAUUCUAGCAAACAAAGAAACAAAACAUCUGCUGUCCUGAAGAAGUAAACGAUACAGAAAACAACGAUAAAUUAAGUAAAAGAAAAAAAGUAAUAAUGGACACAAGGACAAAAGAAGAGACUCAAAUUUUAAUUGACAACUGGUCAGAAGAACAGAUUAUUCUUUUCUGGGGUAUUUAUAAAGCAAAAAAGGACUGUAAAAUACAUUUCUUGCUAACCCAUCUAAGAAUGAGUUAAACACUAAGGAUGAAAAUGAUUGUGAUUGUCUUGGAGAGCGAAUGCAGAGCUCAUGCAAAAGCAGUAGGAGUAAACUUUUUAAACAUACACUAGAUAAUCUUGGAAACGAACAAUCAUUAAAACUGCAAAGCUUGAUAAGUUUCGUUUCCUACAACUGAAUAAAAUGUUUUAGUGAAACUUAAACCCCCUGCACUAUGAUGUCUGGACAGGAUGAUGAAGCCUGAUCUCACAUCAGCUGACUAUCGCGGUCUUUACGAUGCGAGAUCUGCAUGUUUUUAAAAUUUAUUUAAAAAUACUCCACCUUGUUGUGAUGAUGUCAUUCAGCACCGGUACCAGUUCUCAUGCCAGUGGAAAACAGAAGAAGUACUGUAGUUCUGGUGGUUCUUCAAAAAAGUACCCGGUGCAGUGGAAAAGUGCCCUUAGCAAUAUAGUACCACACUUCGUACCUUUACCUUUGGAUGAUUUAUACAAAUCUUAUUGUAAUUUUUGUGAUGCAAUGUAAACUUAUGAUUCAACAGUAUUUGUAUAAUAAAGCAUAAUUUCUUGCUUUGAAUCACCUAGUACUAUCCAGCAUAGAGACGCUUUGAUGACCAGUUUUGGACAGGAUAAAAAUGAUUUGUAUGUUUUCAAUAGCUGUUUUUCCACUGAGAGCCUCAGUAAAGAGGAGGAAAGUUACUGUAAUAAAGUUACAGACAAUG